CAUGCCAGAGGACUCGGCAGAUGACGUGUUUAAGAUCAUUGUGGCAACAGACAUACAUCUAGGGUAUGGUGAAAAGGAUGUUAUUAGGGGCAAUGACUCACUAGUAACCUUUGAGGAAAUCUUGGAGAAUGCCAAGAAGCAUGAAGCUGAUUUCAUCCUUCUUGGUGGUGAUCUUUUCCACGAAAAUAAACCUCCACGGAGAAUAAUGCAUGGAUGCAUAGCAUUGCUUAGAAAAUACUGCUUCGGAGACAAACCCAUUCUCUUUGAAUACCUUAGUGAUCAGUCUGCAGACUUUAAGCAUUGUCAGUUUCCUACCCUUAACUAUGAAGAUACGAAUUUGAAUGUUUCCAUCCCAGUGUUUUCUAUUCAUGGAAAUCAUGAUGAUCCUUCGGGGCAAGGCAAUUUAUGUUCACUAGACAUUCUUCACAGUGCAGGACUAAUGAACUAUUUUGGUAAAACUACAAGUUUGGAGAAAAUAGAAAUGUCCCCUCUCCUAAUGCAGAAAGGGAAUACAAAAUUAGCCCUCUAUGGUCUGGGCUCAGUGAGAGAUGAACGUCUGCAUCGUUUAUUUGUCCACAAAAACGUGUCAAUGCUCAGACCAAAGGAGAACCAAGAAGACUGGUUCAAUGUGUUUGUCAUCCACCAGAAUCGAGCCAAGCACACUACAACGAGUUAUAUCCCAGAGCAGUUUCUGGACGAUUUCUUAGACCUGGUCAUUUGGGGACAUGAACACGAGUGCCGACUUGAGCCGGAGUGGAACAGUUCACAGAACUUUUUCGUUAGCCAGCCUGGCAGUAGUGUGGCAACAUCCUUAAGUGAGAGAGAGACAGUUAAAAAACACAUUGGUCUUCUACAAAUUAAAGGGAAGGACUUCAAAAUAACCAAGAUACCACUACAGACAGUCAGACAGUUUUACAUGGAGGACGUGGUGCUCAGUGAAACGGAACUGAACCCAGCGGACUAUAACAUUAAUAAGCAGGUGGAAGCUUAUUGUCUGGAGAAAGUGGAAGCUAUUUUAGAAAAGGCUUCUUUGGAGCACUCCGGUAACAGAAGACAGCCAGAUAAACCCCUCAUCCGACUCCGUAUUGACUACAGCGGGGGAUUCGAACCAUUUAGUGGAUACAGGUUUGGACAGCGAUUUGUUGAUAAGGUUGCCAAUCCAAAAGAAAUGAUCCUCUUUUCAAGAAGAAAGAUAACUAAAGUUAAAUCUGAUGAAAAAGACCCCGUGGUAGGUGAUGUGAAGGUGGAUAGUCUGGACACCUCCAGAGUAGAGGACAUGGUCAAAGACAUCUUUAGCCAAGCAGAUCAGAACUGGCAGCUGAAGUUGCUGACAGAGAAAGGUAUGGGGGAUGCUGUACAGGAAUACGUGGACAAAGAAGAAAGGGAGGCCAUCUCUGAACUUGUCAAAUACCAGCUUGAAAAGACGCAGACGCAUCUAAAACAAAGGAAUAUUGGUGAAGAUUUAAUCGUAGAGGAAGUCAACAGAUACAAAGAGGAGAGAAAGAAGAAGAAAGAAGAUGAAACAGAGGUCAAAGAAGCUAUUAAAAGAGCUCAGACUAAACGCCCCAAAGACCUGGAGGAAGAUGAUGUGGAGAUGAACAGUGAUUCUGAUGACAAUGAAUCAAGUGCUCCUUCAACCAGUACUUCAAAAAGAGGCAGAGGGAGGGGAAGUCGUGGGGGCCAAAAGGGGGAAACUACCAGAGGACGAGGCUCCCGAGGGGGACGAGGUGGUAGGGGGAGUCGAGGAGGGAGGGGUAAAGCUGCGGUGGUGGAAACCUCCAAUAGUUUUAUCUUGAAUGCUUUUGGAUCACAACAAUCAAAACAAGGAUCAAGGCAAAGUAGGAAGAGCACUGUCAGUUACUUCGAUUCAGAUGAAGAAAAUGAGAGCAUCACUAUAUCUGAUGAUGAAGAUUUACCAAAGAUGUCCAAAAAAUCCAAACCAACCCCACCGAAGAAGAAAAGAGGGAUAACGUUUGACUCGGAUUCAGAUGAUGAUAUCUACCCGACAAAGCGCAAACGAUAACAUUCAGAUGGUGCUAAUGUUAAUUUUUAAUGAUUUCAUUUUGUUAAUGUUUCUUUUUUGUUACAAAAUAUAUUGAAGUACAUUUUGUACUUGUAUUCUUGAAUAAAAUGAAUUUUUCAGUAUAAA